AUGUCGAGACUCAGAAAGAAACCGAGACUCCCGCCGGGUACUACAGAAUGGAGACCGGUUCCAUUGAGGCUUCCAUCCCUCGUGGCUCUCCUCUUCGUGGAGCUUGGCCUGAUUGCUACGAUCAUUGCGCUGUUGGUGGUGUCUUCUAAAAACAACGGUUUUGCGAAAGCGUCCGAGCGUUCGCUGGGCUCGUUCCUCACGGUGCCGCUCGACAGCAGUCUACUAUGGACAGGUUUGCCACCGAUCCUGGUAGCGUUCUUUGCAAUGUGGUAUGGCGAAACGCUUGCUGCCGCUGCUGAUCGGCAACCGUAUGUCGAUUUGAACCAUGAUUGCGAAUCAGCACGCAAUGUCCGACGCACCAUCUUGUUGGAAUAUUCCGGAUACCAGACACUGUACAAUUGGUUCAUCGCAUGGCGCAACAAGCAUUACCACCUCAGCAUGGCCAUGUUGGCACAGUUGACUGCCACUCUGAUCCUCGCCCCACUCAUGUCCAAUGUCUUCGCGGCAAAGAUAACGCAGAUAUCCACAGACAUACAUCUUUUCAGCCCGAAUCGUAUGGAUCUUUCGGCUCUGCGGAGUGCCAAUCUGCAGCCUGCUCUGGACAUCACAAGUGCAAUGCUAUCCCACGGCGCAAAUCCUCCUAUCUGGAUGCAGAACAAUGCCAGCGUGGAACCGUCCUAUAAUCAAGCUACAUCCCAGGCUGGUGAGGUAAGGUUUGCAGCGUUCGUAUCAGCUGCUGAACCAGGUUGUCAGAUAAUCGACUCCACAGCGCUCCAGAUAGAACCAGCCAACAGCAGUGCUGAGGGAUUUGGAUCGGUGGCUAUUAGCUUCGAAGAUCGGAAGUCUAGUGUCAACGAUCUUGAAUGGCCGAUUAGCGAGAGUCGCAGAAUGUACUCGAAGACAUGGUCCCAGACCUGCGGCAAUGACGAAGACCCGCAAGAUCGAGUCGGCAUUUUCGCUGCGGCUUACUCGCGCGACAGCGAAAAUUUUUUGAGCAACAUAACGGUCAUCUCUUGUUGGCCAAGAUACUGGAACAGCAGCACUAACGUAACGGCAGUGUUCGACGAGACCGGUCCCGUUGAGCUCAAGGGCAUCGACAAUCCACCUGCCAAUUCGUCACAAAUCACGAGCCUGUACCUGCGCUCCCUCCAUACUAACCUGCAGCACUAUACGCUCACCGUGCUCAGCAAUGACCUUGAUACGGAUACUUUCGGCAACGUCGUGCAUGGAUACGCCCAAAGGCUAUCUCCAGAGACCAACAUUGACCCGACAGCGUAUCUCAACGCCACAUCUGAAGCCUACAGCACCCUGUGGGCAUCCGUGGCUUCGACACAGCUGCUGAGACCCCUUGUGCCACUUCGACAGGCUAACGGCACGCUGACAAUCGCGACAAACAAGGUACACGUGGUUGUCCCCAUCGCCGGAGUCCUCCUGGCGCUGCUGUUGUGGAUGACAGCCAGCACAGCAAUCUUACUGCUACACAUUCUGCGAACCUGUUCCAUACUCUUUGAAGACCCACAGGGGAUUCUGGGGCGGGCACUGAUCCUGCUGAGAGGCGACGUGACGCCCUGUGUUGAAAGCAUCAAACAGGGCAAUCCGAGGACGUUGAAACUCCUGGAAUACAUCAAGAGAAAUCACAACACGAAGGAAUCGAUAUGCUGGUACGACUGGGAUAGUGGAGCGGCGUCCGGGAGAAUUCGUCUGUACGGUCUCGAUGAAAUCUUGCCGCCACGGCCAAGUUGGCCGAGGCGUAUGUGGGCUCGCAUCUGGCCUUUUGGGAUAUCUCAAAAGUAA